ACGAGGCGCUGCUGCCCGCUUCGCACGGCGAUUCCGCCCUGGCGCGCCGCAGGGGCGGAGGCCCACGGGGGCAGGCAAGGGAGCGAAGCGCAGAGCCGCCCUGCCCUCCGCGGCUGCCCGCGGGGCGCCCCGCGUCGGCGUCGGCCCCGGCCCCGGCCCCGGCCCUUCCCGCCGCGGGGCCGCGCCACAGCUCGCACGCGGCGCCGCGCGGCGCCGCGCGGCGGCGGAGUUUGUAGCCGCUUCUGCGCCGUGACGGGCGGGCGGCGGCGGCGGCGGCGGGCGCGCUCAGCGCCGCCGUGACAGCGGGCGCGUGUGCGGCGAGCGGCGAGGGGCGGGCGCUCGCCCGCGCGUGCUUCGCUCCCGGCGGGCGAUGAGCUUCCUCUGCUGAGCGCGCCGCGGGCAGAGCUGUGAGGAUGACGGUGGACUUCGAGGAGUGCAUCAAGGACUCUCCCCGGUUCCGGGCAACCAUUGAUGAAGUGGAAACAGAUGUGGUGGAGAUAGAAGCAAAGCUUGACAAGCUGGUGAAGCUAUGCAGUGGGAUGAUUGAAGCAGGCAAAGCCUACAUCACCACCAACAAGCACUUUGUCAGCGGAGUUCGUGAUUUGUCACAGCAGUGCAAGAAGGAUGAAAUGAUUUCUGAGUGCCUCGACAAAUUUGGAGACAGUCUGCAGGAAAUGAUUAACUAUCACAUGAUCCUGUUUGACCAGGCUCAGAGGUCAGUCCGACAGCAACUGCACAACUUUGUGAAAGAUGAUGUGCGGAAGUUCAAGGAAACCAAGAAGCAGUUUGACAAGGUGCGAGAGGACAUGGAGGUUUCACUGGUGAAGAAUGCCCAGGCACCUCGGCACAAGCCGCAUGAAGUAGAGGAGGCAACAGGCACCCUGACCAUCACCAGAAAGUGUUUCCGGCAUCUGGCCCUAGACUAUGUGUUACAGAUCAAUGUUCUGCAGGCCAAGAAGAAGUUUGAAAUACUGGAUGCGAUGCUGUCCUUCAUGCAUGCCCAGUACACCUUUUUCCAGCAGGGCUACAGUCUUCUCCAUGAACUGGAUCCCUACAUGAAGAAACUAGCUACAGAGCUGGACCAGCUGGUGAUUGACUCUGCAGUGGAGAAGAGGGAGAUGGAGCACAAGCACGCGCUCAUACAGCAGAGGACCCUCCUGCAGGACUUCUCCUAUGAUGACUCAAAGAUGGAGUUUAAUGUUGAUGCCCCCAAUGGAGUGGUGAUGGAAGGCUACCUCUUCAAGAGAGCUAGCAAUGCUUUCAAGACAUGGAAUCGGAGGUGGUUCUCCAUACAGAACAGCCAGCUGGUGUACCAGAAGAAGUUAAAGGAUGUCCUCACAGUAGUGGUGGAAGACCUGCGGCUCUGUACUGUCAAGCCAUGUGAAGAUAUAGAGAGGAGAUUUUGCUUUGAGGUCGUCUCACCUACCAAGAGCUGCAUGCUACAGGCUGACUCAGAGAAGCUGCGUCAGGCCUGGAUUCAGGCUGUUCAAGCUAGCAUCGCUUCUGCUUACCGGGAGAGUCCUGACAGCUAUUAUAUUGAAAGGCUGGAUCGGACUGCUUCCCCAUCCACUAGCAGCAUUGAUUCUGCUACUGACUCUCGGGAGCGCAACAUGAAAGGGGAGACCAUCUUGCAGAGAGUUCAAAGCAUCCCUGGGAAUGAUCAGUGCUGUGACUGUGGUCAGCCAGAUCCCCGCUGGGCCAGUAUCAACCUGGGCAUUCUGCUGUGCAUUGAGUGCUCUGGUAUCCACAGAAGUCUGGGUGUUCACUGUUCAAAGGUCCGAUCUCUCACACUGGACUCCUGGGAGCCAGAGUUACUGAAACUGAUGUGCGAGCUGGGGAACAGCACUAUGAAUCAGAUAUAUGAGGCACAGUGUGAGGAGCUGGGACUUAAGAAACCUACAGCAGGGAGCUCCAGGCAGGACAAGGAAACCUGGAUCAAGGUGAAGUAUGUGGAGAAGAAAUUCCUGAAGAAGCUGCCAAAUGGGGAGGCUCUGACAGAGAAUGAGAGGAAACCUCGGCGCUGGUGUGUGAAGAAGUGCCAGAGGCACAACAGCACCACGAAAGCACCCACGACUCGAAGAAAGUACCGUCAUGAAGCAGGAAGUGCAUCACCAGCCACGUUAUCGUCAGCAGCCACCCUGGAGCGGAAGUUCCGGCGAGAUUCUCUCUUCUGCCCUGACGAGCUGGACUCUCUCUUCUCCUACUUUGACACUGGUGCUGGCUCGGGCCCACGCAGUGCCAGCCACAUCUCUAUGCAGCAUCCGCUAGCAGGUGGCCUGUGGAGUGGCAGUGGCAUUGGUCCCGGUGGGAGCGGUACGCCGUUCCUCCUGGACGGAGGUCUGAGCAGUGACAGUGGGCUUGGAGGCAGCACAGAUGGCAGCACUGAUAUUCUGGUGUUUGGCUCAGUGGUGGACAGUGUGACAGAGGAAGAGUGUGAGGUGUCGGAAGAGUCAAGCGGUGAGGCGGAGAUCGAACAGGAAGCAUCAGAUUUGGAGGACCUGAGGGAGCUUCAUCCUGGCUUGUUGAUCUACAAGGCAGCACAAGCUCGAAAUCUGCCUCUCAUGGCAGAAGCACUGGCACGUGGUGCUGAGGUCAACUGGGUGAAUGAUGAAGAUGAAAACAAAACUCCUCUGAUUCAAGCUGUGAUGGGGGGUUCUUUGAUAGCCUGUGAAUUCCUGCUGCAGAAUGGAGCAGAUGUUAACCAAAGAGAUAUCCAGGGCCGGGCUCCCUUGCACCAUGCUACAUAUCUGGGACAUACUGGUCAGGUCUGCUUGUUCCUGAAGCGAGGGGCAAAUCAGCAUGCAGUGGAUGGAGACGGGCAGGACCCGCUCAGUAUUGCAGUCCAGGCAGCCAAUGCAGAUAUAGUUACCUUGCUGCGUCUGGCUCGAAUGAAUGAGGAAAUGCGAGAAGCAGAGGGCCCCUUCGGACAACCAGUGUUGAUAGGUGAUGUGCCUUGGAGCUAUGCAGCUCCCAACAGCUGUGGACCUGCCCACUCAGUGACUGUCCUGGACACUUCUGAUGAACAGAGGGCACAGGAGCUCUCUGUGAGAGAUCAAAGGAGAUGCUACCUACCUGGACAUCUUCCGAGAGUUCUCUCACAUGGCUUCAAAUAACCCUGAGAAACUCAACAGGAGGAGCCUGCAUUUCAGCCAGUCCUGCAGAUAGUCCCCUCCCUUCCUCCGCCAAGACCUUUUUCUGGGGGGUCAAGCUCUGAGCUGUUUGAGUUCUAUCAGCACAGAAAGGUGCAGAUGUCUGAGAGGGUGUAACAGGCAAGCUGAGCUUAGCUGCUGAAAGAAGAUGUUCUCUAUUCAGACAUGCUUCUGCUGGAAAUCUUUGUUUUCCAUGGUGCCUGCUUUUGCACCCUGACCAAGAUGAUGAGAGAUGCUCCAGGGAUCUGAAAGUAAUUCCAGAAUAGGCUUGCACUCAGGCUCUAGACCUGGUUCCCUUUUCUUAUUGAACCUGAAUGCAGUCUAAAAUGGGUGUCCAGCUGAUUUUUUUAGCUCCUGGUGCUGUCUCUACAUCGCCAUUUCUGGAAGAACCCUCCCUUUCUGGGAGUUUGCAAACAUUAGCCUGUAUAAUACUGCAACAGUAUCAGUCCCUGAAACGAAGUACAAGUGGUCCUGACCAUUGAGGAUGUCAAGAGGUGACCAAGUCUGAAGUGCUCCAAAACUGGGGAAAAAAUGACUGUUGCAGACUUUUAGCUAUGCUGUUUUAUGACAGUGUAAGUAAGUGGAGCAAGACUGUUCAGCUUCAUCCGGCUCAUUAAUAAAAAGCACCCACCAUCUGCUGUGAUUUAAGGUACUACCCAUUUCCCACAGUGGCCACAGAAUGCAAUCCCCCUAUGGAAUGGGGCACCCCACACACAGCUCCCUGUGUUCUGAAUAGAAGAAGGCCUCUCAGGACACAGCACCAGACUACUGCUGAGCCAUAGGGGACCCAGUCUUGACCAAUCCACUGUGAAACCUUUGAGUUGAGUAAAUGAGGCAAGUCACCUCAUUUUGCUGUGUAAUUCACCUCUUAAGAUACCUCUACCACUGAGUGCUUUAACAUGGACUAGGAGAUACAGUAAUGAUUUCAUGGAGACUUUACAAGCAAUCCUGAAAACAGCAUCUGGCUAUUUCUCUCAGAAGCUCUCUAUCUCCUGCUAAUUGUGCAUCUCAGUGUUUGGACAGCUGUAUUCUUCUAUAAGGCAUAGCUUUCAGUAUUAUUUUUGUCAUUAUUGUUAUUAUAAUAUGUCAUAGUUAUCAAAAAUAAUAAAAGGUUAUGUGUGGACUAUACAGGUAUAGGCACCAUGACAUAAUAAAGUGCGUUGUCAGAAUGAUGUGUAUAAACUAUGACAUGCUGAAAUGUAAUAUAUCAUACAGCUGAAGAAAUAUAUCGUUUUUGGAAAAGGUGGGAGUGAAAAAAAUCUCACAUACAAACAAUAUCUAUGAACUGAGAAUAAAAACAGGAUUUUUUUUUUUUUUUGAAAUUCA